CCUGUGGUGACGAGGGCAAACUUGCAAGCUUGAGUAUCCAUAACGCCAAGUACUUCCCGACGCUGCCAUGCUUGACGAAGAUACGAUAGAUUGGGACGCGCUACGAGCUCAGAGCCUUCUCCCUGGUGGAUUUGGAAAGGAAAGAACACGUGUCUGGCCAGCCCUGCUCGGAGUCUGCGUUCCGUCAGAACCUCCUCCGUAUGCAGAGGUCUCUCCAGAACCUUCUACAGACGAUCCGCCCCAUCCUGACGAGCGUCAAGUACGUUUGGACACCGACCGGAGCUUUGUGAUGUAUCCCGCAUACGAUAAUGACGAUAGUCACCGAACUAUAUUGCAAACUUCUCUCAACAGUUUGAUCGUUUCCCUCCUCAGGAAGCGUCGGAAGUUGCACUAUUUCCAAGGAUACCAUGACAUUGUCACUGUUGUCUUUCUAACUCUUCCACCAGAACUUCAGCUCCCUUGUGUAGAAAAGCUCUCCCUUCAUCGAUUGAGGGACUCUAUGGGACCCACGUUAGAGCCUGUAUUGGGACUUCUCCGGAUCGCGCGUAAUCUUCUGCGUAUCAUCGACCCUAAAUAUGCAAUGUUGCUUGAGAGCAUUGCACCCCUACCGUUCCAUGCCCUAUCAAAUCUUCUCACCCUCUUCUCACACGAGGUACCCACCCUACCCCUUAUUCAGCAUGUCUGGGAUUUUCUGCUCUGCCGGGAACCUUUGGCAGUGGUAUGGCUAGCCGUCGCUGUCAUUCUCGUCCGAAAACCUGAUGUUCUUCGAUUAGCAGAAGAAGAGGAGGAUGGCAUGAUACAUUCAGUUUUGAAUGCUCUGCCUUCACUCAGUGAUGAUUCUGGAACAGCGAACGACGUUCCCUCCGAUCAACAUACUCGAUCAGCAUCACCAGAUGAGGAAGACACGGUCACAUUCAACACAGAGGAGAUGAGGCAGCUCUCAGAUAUACCCGACGAAAACACAAGCCACGAGCUUUCUAUAGAACAACAUCAAAUGAUCGAAGAGAAACCAGUUCCCUGUUUGGCAGAGAAUGGAGCGUCCCAGAAUAUCACCGAUGGUGAAGUUGUCCAUGGAGAGACCGAUGUGACUACUGAUGCUGGCCACUCUGCUGAUACUUGGAGCAUCCAACCAUCGGAUGAUUCGCACCCCACGUUGUUCUCAGUUCAGCCUCCGGCCAUGAUUUCUCUAGAGACACUCGUCGAUAAUACUGCCGAAAUUAAUACUGACAUCCGGCCCUCACAGCCACAACUGCUCCCACCCAACCCACCGUCUCUUUCUAGACCGACAUCCCCGACGUCGCUACGUAAAUCGCGUUCUAGUUCCUGCACUGCGUCCCGUUCGUCCUCAUUACCCCCUAAAAAAUCCUGCCGGCCUCCAAUUUCACUUACGUCCCUUCUAACACACGCUGCACAGCUCCUUGAGACUUAUCCUCCCACCCUUCCCGAGCUUCGCGUUAAGGACAUACUUGGGCCUAAGAGCGUUGUGCACACGUGGAGACCUCCUCAAAAUAGUUUCUCUACACAAUGCGACAAUGAACGUGAUGACGACGUAGAGAGCUGGGUUGGGAGCCCUGAUGUUGUUGUCCCGUUUAUAGAAGAUGAAGAUAUAGAGAGCGAAAAUGAGCGAAAGACGAAGUCACACAAAGGUCCCGUCCCAAGACACCGGAAACUCGUUCUCUUUCAUCGCCUGCGUCUUCGGUUCGGACUACUCACACCCACGGAGAAACGGAUCCUUCUGUUAGGUGCGAUAGCAGCAGUUGGCCUUGCCGUUGCCCUUCGCCAGAACAGGGGCUUUUCUGAGAUGAGGAAAGGGUGGAUAGCAUGGGUAUGGGCAUUCGGCGGUGGAAUUCGGUCUAAAACUGUGGAAUGAACCGGACUAUCAAAUAUCUGUGCAUCGUAUAUCACAUAUAAUCACUGAAUAACUUGACAUUGUUAUGGAACACUUAUUGAAUCUUCAAAUCAGAAACGUCUAUCA